CUCAAUCUUGUCCAGCAUUUCUGCUUUUUAAUUGUGGCGCACGACGGCUUGAGUUGGAUAAAUUACUCAAAAGUUGAAAACUCAUGACAGCCGAAAAUUAGUUAAACCUACUUUUUGAAUUUCCACAGGCCGGAUAAUCAUUUUGCUCGGGUUCCCCCCACAGCUCGACUGCCGAAGCACUCGGAAUUAUGGAGUAGCAGCUCUUCUUAACUCUCCGCCUCUCCCUCUUCCCUUCUCUCCUCUGUUGCUCCAACAGCUGACAGACAACAUGGCACGACCGACACCAGCGGUCGUCCGCCCAUUCGCCGUGUGGCGGCGGCAAUUCUCCGCCUCAUGCACACGGCCCGCCGUCGACAAGCGGUGCAACUCCGCCAGCGAAGCCAUCAAGGACAUGAAGGGCCCGGCCACAGUCCUUGUCGGAGGAUUCGGGUUCUCUGGUGUGCCCAACACGCUCAUCAACGCUGUCCGCGAUCGUCCCGACAUCAAAGAUCUGACCGUUGUCUCGAACAAUGCUGGUAUGCCCGGUGCGGGUCUCGGCCAGCUGCUCGAGACCGGCCAGAUCAGUAAGAUGAUCGCUUCGUUUAUUGGCGAAAACAAGGUCUUUGAGAAGAUGUAUCUCAGUGGUGACCUUUCGCUCGAAUUGACCCCCCAGGGUACCAUUGCGGAGAAGUGCGCCGCUGGUGCUGCUGGUGUCCCUGCUUUCUAUACCCCUGCUGCUUAUGGAACUAUCGUACAAACCGGUGAACUCCCCGUCCGCUACAACAAGGACGGCACGGUUGCAGAAUACUCGAAACCCAAGGAAACCCGCGAAUUCAACGGCAAGGCUUACAUCCUGGAAGAAUCCAUCUUCGGUGACUACGCAUUGAUCAAGGUCGACAAGGCCGACAGGCUCGGCAACUGCCAGUUCCGCAAGGCCCAGAACAACUUCAACGAGGCCAUGGCCAAGAACGCAAAGUACACCAUCGUCGAAGCCGACCACAUUGUCGAGGUCGGCGAGAUCGCACCCGAGGAGAUCCAUCUACAGGCUAUCUACGUCAACAAGGUCAUCCAGAGCACAGAGAAGAAGCAAAUUGAGAAGCUCACCUUCGCCAAGGAUCCCAGUGAGAUGCUUCAGGCUGGCUCCGGUGAAGCAACCGCCCGCCGAGAACGCAUCGUCAAGCGCGCGGCCAAGGAAUUCCGCGACGGAAUGUACGUCAACCUCGGCAUCGGCAUGCCCCUGAUCGCGCCCUCUUACCUCCCCGAGGGUGUCGAGGUCUUCCUGCAGGCAGAAAACGGCAUCCUUGGUCUCGGCGGCUACCCCCAGCCCGGCGAGGAGGACCCUGAUCUUAUCAACCCCGGAAAGGAGACUGUCACCCUGAGCAAGGGUGCUUCCCUCUUUGGAUCCCACGAGAGCUUUGGCAUGAUCCGCGCUGGCCGCAUCGACUUGACCAUGCUUGGUGCCCUGCAGGUCAGCCAGUACGGAGACCUCGCCAACUUUAUGCUUCCCGGCAAGGUCAAGGGUGUUGGUGGUGCCAUGGAUUUGGUCGCCAACCCCGAGAAGACCAAGGUUAUUGUUACCAUGGAACACACCGACAAGAAGGGCAACCCCAAGAUCCUCUCGCAGUGCUCAUUCCCCCUGACUGGGCCCCGCUGCGUGUCCAAGAUCAUCACUGACCUGGCCGUCUUCGAGGUCAGCACGACCGAGGGUCUGACCCUGGUUGAGCACGCCGAGGGCGUGUCCGUUGAGGAGAUCCGCAGCAAGACGGAGGCGCCGUUCAAGGUUGCCGCUGACUUGAAGCCCAUGCUGUAAAUAUGAUACCUAGCUGAAUAGAUUUUUGUAUUUUUCUUCUGCAC